UCAAUAAGCAGCAAUCAAUAAUGAACAUAUGAUUGAACCGGUAAAUGAAGUGCAACGAGAAAAUGAGUACCAAAUUGACCAUGAAAAAGAAUUAUUGGACAUAAUCAUGCAGCACCGUACUUUGCUUAGAUUAUCCAUAAACAUUGAGAAUCUGUAUGGUUUUCCGUUACUUUUCAAUUUCAUGAAUAGCUCCGUCAUCUUGUGCUUUUGUACUUUCUGCUGUGUGGUGAUCGAGAAAUGGUACGAAUUCAUGUACAAGUCGUGUGUGGUUACUACGCUAUGUCAAACAUGGUUUAUUUGUUGGUAUGGGCAAAAGUUGAUUAAUUCGGGUGAAAAGAUAUCACUGGCGCUGUACAACUGUGGUUGGUAUUAUGCUUCUCAUAAAAAUAAAAGGAAUUUACAAAUUAUGAUGCGAAGGGCUCAGCGAAAGUUAUGUGUGACCACCUACGGCUUCGCAGUAAUCUGCUUGGAGAGUUAUACAACGAUCAUCAAAACAUCCUGGUCCUACUUCACUUUAAUAUUUAACGCUUACAAAAUUAAUCAGAAUAAAGAUAAGUAAUAAUUAUCAACAUAGUUAUAUCACAAUUUAUAUUAUAAAUAACCAUAAUAUUGAUGUUAAUUAGAUUAUUUUGCUUUUAAGUACACUAAUUAUGUAAUAAUUCACGAGAAUGCAAUUACCGAUCCUCAAUAAAUGCUAAUGCUAAAUAGAGGUGAAUAUAAUAAAUAUUAAAAGAAAAUAAUGAAAUAUUUUUUUAUUUAAAGAUUUUCUUUAAUUUAGUAUUACUGAUACCUAACUGACCAAAAUUUUUGACAGCGUUGUUUGUUUCUUAAAAUUAUAAAUUGUAAAUUCAUACGUUUCAAUAUGCUUUCUCCUUUGGUCAUGUAACUUGUGUUGUAGUAGGACGUAGUAUGUAUGUAUAUAUAUAAGUAAAGAUAUAUAAUUAAAUUACAUUUUUAGAAUAACUGAAAAACAGUGAUAUUCCUCUGAUGUAUCAUACAAAAUUACAUAGUCCAUAGUAAGUAUAUAUUUAGUGUUGGCAAUACAUUUGAGAAAAAUAUAAUAAAUAUUUUUCUUUUUUUACUAUAAAUAUCCCUAUCAGCACAAAAAUA